UGAUGGAUGGAGAGCAAAACAGGAGAAGGCAGAGAGCAGUUUUCAACCCUUCUGAAUCUUUCAUAAGGGAGAUCCUCCAACGUCAAGCUGCCUUGAUGGACUGAGAGAAAGAGCUGGUACUGAGGUGUGCAUUUAGCAGGCACCAACUGUGUCAGAGAGACAGAGGGACACAGGGACAAGGAGGGAGGGUGAUAGAGCAUUGGGGUGUACUCUUUACAGGCAGCAAGACCAGGAGAGCGAUGGGAGACGAGCAGUUUUGAAAAGAGGAAUUCUUCUGUCCUGGAAGGAGUUGUAUGUGACCCUGCUGUGGGUAAAGCUCCUCUAAGAGCGUCAGAGGAACAGAAGACCAGCAGGGAAGCACGGUGUACGAGCCACAGGAAAGAGAGAGGGGGAGAGGGCACGACUGCUGGCUGGCUAAUCCCUAAGCCCCUGAAGAACGGGGAAAAAUAGAAAGCACAGAGGCAACACAAACAACAACAACAAAAAAAAACUUCAAGGUUUCAGCCUAAUUUGAGCUUCUCUGCAUCUGGAUAAGGAAGGAAAACAAAUCAGCUGUACAUGACCGAGUCCUGGGACUGAUUUUGGGCAGAAAGUGGCAGAAUUUGACAGAGGAAUAAAAGUCUGCCACACAGAACCGAUCCCAGCCUGCAGGGAUGUCAUCCAAUGAGCUGAGUGUUGAGAUGGACUCUUGCAUUCGGACAUUCAAGGAGCACAUGCAUCUGGAACUGGAGCCUCCCAAGAUGCCAGGUGUGGUGGGAGGGAAAAGGGGCGCCACGUCCCCGAAACUGUCCCCUAGAAGCUCCCCGCGGCUCUUCCGCAAGCUGAUGGUCAACAAGAGCAUCCGACAGAGGCGACGCUUCACUGUAGCUCACACCUGUUUCGAUGUGGAGAAUGGCCCGUCUGCCAGCUGCAGCCCCCUGGACCCCCAGGCCUCCCCCGGCUCUGGUCUGGUCCUCCACACUAACUUCCCUGGUCAUAACCAGCGCAGAGAGUCCUUCCUCUACCGUUCGGACAGCGACUAUGAUCUGUCACCCAAGUCCAUGUCACGAAACUCCUCCAUCGCCUCUGAACUGCAUGGCGAUGACCUGAUUGUAACGCCUUUUGCUCAGGUUCUGGCAAGCCUUCGAAGUGUAAGGAAUAACUUUACAGUGCUGACCAAUGUCCAGUGUGCCUCCAGCAAAAGGUCUCCUGCGGCAACAACUCAACCUCCAAUCACCAGAGUUUGUCUCCCAGAUGAGGCGUACCAGAAGCUGGCCAUGGAGACGAUGGAGGAGUUGGACUGGUGUCUGGACCAGCUGGAGACCAUCCAGACCUACCGCUCUGUCAGUGACAUGGCCUCCAACAAGUUCAAGAGAAUGUUGAAUCGGGAGUUGACGCACCUAUCUGAGAUGAGUCGGUCUGGGAAUCAGGUUUCCGAAUUCAUCUCCAACACCUUCCUAGACAAACAGAAUGAGGUGGAGAUCCCGUCACCAACGUCUAAGACACGAGAGAAGAAGAAGCACCCGAGGCAGCUGAUGACACAGAUCAGUGGAGUAAAGAAGGUCUCCCAUGGACCCUCACUCUCCAGCAGCAGCAUCUCUCGCUUUGGUGUCAAGACCGAUAAGGAGGAGCUGCUGUCCAAGGAGCUGGAGGAUCUGAACAAGUGGGGCCUGAACAUCUUCACUGUUUCAGAGUACUCCAACAACCGACCUCUUACCUGUAUUAUGUACGCCAUCUUCCAGGAGCGAGACCUGUUAAAGAAUUUUAAGAUCCCAGUGGAUACGUUUGUGGCCUACAUGAUGACAUUGGAAGACCACUACCAUUCAGAUGUGGCCUACCAUAACAGCCUGCAUGCUGCUGACGUAGCCCAGUCCACACACAUCCUCCUCUCAACUCCGGCCCUGGAUGCGGUCUUCACUGAUCUUGAGAUCCUAGCAGCCAUCUUUGCUGCAGCUAUCCAUGAUGUUGACCAUCCUGGAGUAUCAAACCAAUUCCUAAUCAAUACCAACUCUGAGCUGGCGUUGAUGUACAACGAUGAGUCUGUGCUGGAAAACCACCACUUGGCUGUGGGAUUCAAGCUACUACAGGAAGACAAGUGUGAUAUCUUCCAGAACCUCACUAAGAAGCAGAGGCAGUCCCUACGCAAGAUGGUCAUUGACAUGGUGUUAGCCACUGACAUGUCCAAACACAUGAGUCUGCUGGCUGAUCUGAAGACUAUGGUGGAGACUAAGAAGGUGACGAGCUCUGGAGUGCUGCUGCUGGACAAUUACACCGACAGGAUACAGGUGCUGCGUAACAUGGUGCACUGUGCUGACCUGAGUAACCCCACUAAGUCCCUGGAGCUGUAUCGUCAGUGGACUGAUCGGAUAAUGGAGGAGUUCUUCCACCAGGGAGACAGAGAGAGGGAGAGGGGGAUGGAGAUCAGCCCCAUGUGUGAUAAACAUACAGCCUCAGUGGAAAAGAGCCAGGUGGGUUUCAUCGACUACAUUGUGCACCCUCUUUGGGAGACUUGGGCUGAUCUGGUCCACCCAGACGCCCAGGACAUUCUGGACACCCUGGAGGACAACAGGAACUGGUACCAGAGCAUGAUCCCCCAGAGUCCCUCCCCUCCCUUCUAUGACCAGGGCACGCACGGGCACAGCGGAGGCACUGGAGGGCAGGGAGGCGGGGAGAAAUUUCAGUUUGAGCUGACCUUGGAUGAGGAGGACUUGGAUGGAAUAGAGAAAGAUGGCGAAGGGGAGGAGGAAGAGGAAGAAGAAGAAUUAGAAGAGGAGGAUGAUAGUCUAGGAGAUUCUCGAUCUCCUCCCCUGGACUAUUUGGACGGUCAGGAGAACGAGGAGGGCAGAAUGAUGGAGCCCAUGACAGCAAUAGAAAUCGUGACACAUGAGGCGUCACCUACAGAUACAUAGGGCUUCGUCAUCAGGCUCACAUGGUGAAUUGAAAGUUUUUGGAAAAAGAGGGGAAAUCCUCUUGCAGCUGUGCUUUUUAAUAAGCCCACAGAAGCAAGGGCUUAGUUUUGGCCCGCACAGGGGCGUCUUGCACUUGGGUGUUUGAAGCCAGACACGGACGGACAGUUUCAGUGAAGCGGCUUCAGAGUUCUCAGGAAAUAAUUACUGCGAACAUUUUAGUCUUGGUGGACAGGCAAGACUGAGGGUGGAACUUGAAGGAUUUUGGCCAGUUUGGGAAAUGGUUACAUUCCUUUUCUGGACUGGCAUUAAAUGGACAUUGACACUACUGAGAGAAGUUUUGUACCUUAAGACUUUUUUUACAGAUAUGAUAUGAUCUAGAAGUAGCAUAGAGUAAGAUCUACUGAUGGAGACACGUUUGUAUAGCAAGAGAAAGUGUUUACUUUUUUCCUGUACCAUUUGUCAAAGGACUUUUGUGUGCCUUUUUUACUAUUGUCUUUAUAAUAGUUUUUUAUUUAUUGAACACUCUAGUAUGUCUGUGAAAUGUUUUUUUUUCUUAUCUGAAAGAGCAAAAUCUUUUUUGUAUGUUAAAAAGAGAACAGUCUUCCAUGUAUUGGGCAAUAGAGAAAUCCAAACAAAUGUCGACAAACAACUCUUGGACAAACUCAUCUGAAUAGGGAAACACAAACACCCACAUUCUACGCACAUUUGUUUUUCAAUCUGAGCACAAUGUUUUUCUUUAUGCAUGGAAUUCAAAUGCUUAUGUUCACUCUUGGUUCAUGUCACAGUUUGUUGCUUUCUAUAUGAGAUGUCAAUCUAUGAAUGUCACUGUCACACUGAAAUACAUCACAUUUAUUUUCAUACUAUAUCAUACAUCUUUUUUUUUCUCCUUUUCUUUGUUACAGUCUGCAGACCAUUGGGGCUUCCUACCUUUUCACACCAAAACGGGACUUUUAAUGCAAAACACUCAGAAAGGAUAUAAAAUCCUUAACUUGAAACUAUAUGGUCAGGUAUUCCUGCUAAACGUUCAGUAUAAAAUUAUUGAGACAUUUUAUUUCUACCAUUUCGUCUUUUCAUUUUUGCAGUUGUCAUCAUGUUGGUGUGAAACUGAGGUGUGCCCAGCUCAAACCCUCAUAACCUACAACCUACCACCAGAUAAAACAAGCAGAAAUACAAGCAGGACUAAAAACAAACAGCUCGUGAAAACAAGCUGCUUAAAUGUAUGAUAAAAUCAGAAUUGAAGUCUGCCAAGGACAAAAUGCACAACGGCAGUGAAUCUAUUUUUAGCCCACAGGUAUGCUGCAGUCUUAAUAAUCCUGUUAGUUGGAACAGGUCCUGACCCCAGACCCGUCUGAUGUAACGCCCCCUGCCCCUCUGCAAUCAGGCCCAGACCAGAUGAUUAAAGGUGCUCUUACAGCUGCCUGUCUGAAAGGGGCUCUCAGACCCUCAUCAGCGCCACUAUUCACAUGGUUUACAAACCCCUCUGAGCUCCAAGGACACAACCCCAAAACAAUCAGGCCGGCUAUUUCUUCCUUGCGAUAAAAAUCCCUCAAGUGCUGCUUCUGCUCAUUGACGUCAAUUGAAUUUUUUCCCCUCCCCCUCCACUGUAUCAGGUUUCCAGGACAGUCGGGUUAUUAGGAUUUGACACAGAUGGAAUUGCUGGAAUCAGCAUGGCAGACUGUACCCUCUGAAAAAGAGAAGAAUAAUUAGGUGCUCUAGUUUUAAAACAAACCAAAAAAUGCCUCUUUUUGUUUCUUCACUGGUGCAUUGAGGAAGAUGGGUUGAAAAUGGUUUGCAGACCUCACAUAUCUACUCCUAUGGCUUCCACAACUGAAUUUUCUGGACGUUCUAGUUGCAUCUGUAAUGACAUCUCUCCGUUUUCAUAUUGGUUUACUGAUAUACUCAAAAGGUACUUCAUCUUCAUUUCAGUCCAGCAUGCUUAAGUGGCAAUCGUUUGUGUGCAGUUUGUAUGUAUGGAAGGAUUUGUAUGUGUGUGUGUUUCUGUAUGUGUGUUUGGAUGUGCUGACUUUGUAAUCUGGCCUUACCCCUAUCACUCCACACCUUUUGUCGCUACUGUUUGUCGCUAGGAGCUCAAGUUGGUCCUUUUUGCUGUUUAUAACAGUGUGUAUUUAUUCUACACUUUAAGCUUGUAAAUAAGAAAUACUGUUUCAGUGUAAAAUCUAUUUUAAUUUAUAUGCACUUGCAUUACCUGGAAGUGGUGGUGUCUAAUGUGUAGAAGACUCUGGAUUAGAGUCUUUUUAUAUAUGUAUUAUAUAUUGUUUUUAUAUAUAUAUAUAUAUAAAAAUAUAUAAAUAUAUCUAAGUAUAUAUUCGCACAAUGUUUUGAGUGCCCAGCAGAGCAGCAGCUAAAGAGUCAUGUUGUUGUCACAUGAGAAUCUUUUAACUUCAAAACAGCCUUUUUAUUUUUACGUAAAAGUUAAUAUUGUCUUUUAAUGUAAUGUUGCAGACAAGAAAAUGAAAAACUAUAUAUUAAUCUUAUUAUGCAUGAAUAUUUGAAUAUUAAACCAAAAAUAUUCUCACAUUGGCAUCAUUUUGGAAUUUUAAUAUACUAGUUUCUAUGUUAAAUUUUAGCUUCGUUACAUUUCUUAAAAACAGCCAAAAUGUGGAUAUUCUCAUCUUGUUACUUAAACAAUUUUGGACCAAUUCAGUUUUUGAAGGUACAAGGUUUUCAUAUGACAGCAGCAGUUUGGUAACCCAGAGGCAACAUAGAGGACAUGUUAAACUGCAUAGGCUUGGAUAUAGGAUACAAGCUAGCUAAGGAACACCGAAGCUUAGUCAGUGCUUGGUAUCAAAGUACACAAAUAGCUUAUUUUCUCUCAGCGACUUGUCACAACCUAAGCUUCUCCAUCCAGCAUACAGGUUUGACUGACAAACACAAAGCGAUUGUCUCCUUUUACACUUAAUGCACUUCAUGUAAAAGUAGAUAAGAUACGGGGACAGUAUUGGUAGCAUGCUACAAUACGCCCGGCACUGACGUGAAUCGUUCUGAAUUAACAACAAAACAUGAUCUUAUGUAACUGAUUGUGCUAAUGUGUGAACUCUUUCUGACCAAACUUGUUAGCAGUUUUGAAAUUCAAAUUUGUCAGUAUUAACAUUGUUUAUCUAUGUUCAAGCUUUUUUUGGUCCUAGUUGUGUCCAAAUGGUUAGCCAGAUUUAGCACUAUCUGCAUGAAAGAUGGUUUUUUUUUUAAUUGUCAAUAAUAUGUUCAAGUCCGCCAGUUACUGCAGGUGGGUUAUUAAAUGUUUCACACAAUGUAUGGUAUUAUAUUGUAUAUUGUGUUCAAAAAUAAAUCUGAAAUACUUUUUCUAUGAAGUGAUUAAAAGCAAAGCAUGAAUAUA